GGCUGAUCACUUCCUACAGUGCUGAUUUCCCUGAUCUGAGGAAACACAACAACUGCAUGGCCGCAGCCUUGACUCCAUCUGUUUAUGCAAGACUGAGGGACAAGACAACUCCAAACAACUGGACACUGGACCAGUGCAUCCAGACUGGAGUGGACAACCCUGGACACCCCUUCAUCAAGACUGUAGGAAUGGUGGCUGGUGACGAGGAGAGCUAUGAGGUGUUUGCUGAGCUUUUUGACCCUGUGAUCAAGGACAGACACAAUGGCUAUGACCCUCGCACAAUGAAGCACCCCACUGACCUGGAUGCUUCCAAGAUCACUUCAGGAAUGUUCGAUGAGCAUUAUGUGCUGUCGUCUCGGGUCCGUACUGGCCGUAGCAUCCGUGGGCUGAGUCUUCCCCCUGCGUGCUCGCGCUCUGAGCGCCGUGAAGUAGAGCGUGUGGUUGUGACAGCUUUAUCCGGCCUGAAGGGAGACCUGGCCGGUCGCUACUACAGCCUGGGCGAGAUGUCUGACAUGGAGCAGCAACAGCUGAUUAAUGAGCACUUCCUAUUUGAUAAACCAGUGUCACCGCUGCUUACGGCAGCUGGAAUGGCCAGAGAUUGGCCUGAUGCUCGUGGCAUCUGGCACAACAAUGAAAAGAACUUCUUGAUCUGGAUCAAUGAGGAGGAUCACACAAGGAUUAUAUCCAUGGAGAAAGGCGGGAACAUGAAGAGGGUGUUUGAAAGGUUCUGCAGAGGUUUAAAACAGGUGGAGCAUCUUAUUCAGGAGAGAGGUUGGGAGUUUAUGUGGAAUGAACGGCUGGGUUACAUCCUCACCUGCCCCUCAAAUCUCGGCACUGGGCUUAGGGCUGGUGUGCACAUUCGCUUGCCCCUCAUGAGCAAGGAUCCUCGCUUCAAAAAGAUCCUGGAUAACCUGAGGCUACAGAAGAGAGGCACAGGAGGUGUUGACACAGCUGCGACCGGAGAUACCUUUGAUAUCUCUAACCUUGACCGACUGGGAAGGUCAGAGGUGGAGCUGGUACAGGUAUUGGUUGAUGGGGUGAACUACCUGAUUGAAUGUGAGAAGAGGUUGGAAAGAGGGCAGGAAAUCAAGAUCCCAUCUCCCAUCUCCCAGUUCAGGAAAUAAACAUCACCUCUGUCUGGAAUCCUGGAAUAGAGAACUCCCUCUAACCGCUUGUCACUUAACUGUUGGUCUUACAAGAUAUUCUGGAAUGUAUAGCCCUAAAUUGAUUAACUUGGACAUUUUAUUCAUAACACAUAUAUAUACUGUAUAUGACGUAUAAAUUCUUUGUAAUUCUUUAUUGGCAAGUUUUUUAAAUUUUUGUGCAGAAAAUUAAAACUAUACUUGCCAGCAGUGGUAAUGAAGUAAAAUCUUAGGUCCCUGUAUGUAAAUAGUUUUCCUGUGUAUCAACUUCUUGGCUUGUAUCUACUUUUAGAAGCACAAUAUACAAUUAUGACCUUU